AUGGCGUCAAGGGUUUCUCUGAAGGCGAAAGGCAAGAGCUCAAAGGGAUCGAAAGGAUCGGAAGAUCGAUCGCUGCUUGAUUCCGCGAAGGAAUGGACAACUUGGGGAUUGAAGAAAACCAAGGUUAUCGCUCAUUACGGUUUCAUUCCGUUUAUUAUCAUUGUUGGUAUGAAUACUGAUCCCAAACCUCAGAUUUCUCAGCUUCUCAGCCCUGUUUAA